AUGGAUGCCGAUAUCGUUGAGAUCGACACCGGUGACGAUGAUGACGACGAUGCUGGUAUAUUCAGCAUUGCCAGCGACUGCUACAAUGAGGACGGUGACGCCCUCACAGAUGAAGACAACGUUCUUGCAGCGGUGCACACGAAGCGUAUGCUGUUGACAAAGAUGAAUCAGCAGAGGGAUUCCUGCUGA